AUGUUCAGGGAUAAUUUCAUAUCUAUUUCUCACUCCUACUACGAUGAUACAUCACUUAUCCUACACCAGGUUGUCUAUAACAGUGGCUGGACCGUGUCCUUUUUGCAUUUACUGUCUAGUCAGAGCUUUGAGAAUAGACUUAAAUUGGACUUGCCAACUCCACUUCAACAAGAGGACGCUAUCUUUUAUAUUAGGGGUUCUAGCACUAAUAACGGAACCCUUUGUCUUUCCAAUGCAGAUGACAGUACACUUGUAUUGUGGAAUCCAACAACAGAUGAAAUCGUUGUCAUUCCUCCCAGUCCUAUGGAGUCUGUGUCACCUUAUUGGAGCACUUUGAUUUCUUUUCAUGGAUUUGGUUAUGACCAUGUUAGAGAUGACUAUAAGAUUAUUAGGUGUAUAGAUUAUUUUCCAUUAAGUGAAAGAGAUCUUUUUUAUCUCAAUCUACCAGAAGAAGCGCAAUCGGAAAAAAUAUUUUACAAUACUGUAUGGGAGAUUUAUAGUUUAAGAUGUAACACUUGGGAAAAACUUGAUGUCAAUAUGCCUUCGGAUAUAAACAAACAUAUAUUAUACACGAAUGAUGGAAUUUGUCAUUGGUUGAGUAAUGAUGAUCAACUUUUGUUGGUAUCGUUUGACCUCAGCAGCUAUGUGUAUUUUACAACAAGCAAGCCCAUAACAAUACCCACAAGAGGUAUGGCGGCAAAAUCGGUGGUGUUAAAUGGGUCCAUCGCUUUGAUCUCUUGGUAUCCAAAAACGACUACCUUUGACAUAUCGAUUUUAGGUGAACUUGGUGUUGAGUGA